GAGAGAGAGCGAGAGAGGUAUGGGAGGGAGUGAGAGAGAGAGGCAGUGUUAGUAGAGCUCAGACAGAAGACAGGAGCUAAAGGAGGCUGAUGGACAGAAACAACACGAUCAUGAGUCAGAAACACACUGCAGUAUAGAGAGUCAGAGGAGCAAAUGACAGCAGGACUGUGACUGAAGGACCCUGUGUUUGAGUCUGAGACAGAGAGAGACAGACAGAGAGAGAGAGAGAGACAGAUGCAGACAGAGAGAGAGAGAGAAAGAGAGACAGUGGCCUCUUGGACUUCUCCCCGUCCUCGUGAGGUUGUGGCAGACAUGGCGUCGGAGCCGGGCACACAGUCCAGAGUGAUGUUUCAGACCAAAGAGGAGGAGCCUGCCCAACGCAAACUGGGCAAACUAACGGUCAAAUACAACCGAAAAGACCUCCAGAGGCGACUGGACAUCGAGGAGUGGAUCGACGGGCAGCUGCACCUGCUGUACGACUGCGAGGAGGAAGAGAUCCCUGAGCUGGAGAUCGACAUCGAUGAACUUCUGGAGCUGACGGAUGAAGACCAGAGAUCCAGACUGCAUGAGCUUUUGCAGGAAUGUGGAAAGCCAAAAGAGGACUUUAUCAAUGGGCUGCUCUAUCGGAUGAAGGGACUUCGUAAGAUGUCGGGAUCUCUGAAGAAAUAGUAUUAGGUCAAAGUCUGGAUUUUUCCUGAUGAAGUGAAACGCCCUGCCCUGUCUCCACCCUCAGCACACCUGCCCCCACCCUCGAGACCCAGGCUCCAUCCUCGGCACCCUGGCUCUGCUCUCAGCAGCUCUGGCUCCAGCCUUGUCACCUUGGCUCCACCCUCGUCACC